GCACUCCCAAUUGGAUGACUAACACAUACUAUAGUUAAUGACUCAGCAUGUAAACAAUGCGGGCCUUGUUCUCGAUAACGUUCGAGGCUGUGGAGAGAAGUGAGAUUAGACCUCCCCGAGCACAGACUUCGUCUCGAGCUGCUAUCCAUACGCAGACUAUCAGACAAGACCGCAAUUCCUGCUGCGAUCAUGGCUCCCUCGUCCGAUUAUCCUCAGCUGAACAACAAGCCGGUCGCGAAGAAGGUCCGCGACAUCUACAAGGGCCGCAUCGACCAGUUCCUCAGCACCGGUCCCUACAGAGACCUCAACCUUCCUGCGGUUCUCGACGAAGCUCGUACUUCUGACGAGGAGUAUGUCCGUCUUGAGGUCUACUCCGUGCCCGACCUUGCCCGCCCGCACUUUGCGGAGGCCAUCAAGGGCAAGUUCCGUCCUGCUCGCAAGGGUGAGGCAUUUGGCCCAUCGUGGAGCACCCAUUGGUUCAAAGUCCACAUUCGAGUGCCUGAGACCGAGCCCUGGCUGAGCAACAAGCAGCUCGAAUGGCACUGGGAAAACCACAACGAAGGUCUUGUUUACUCCGAGGACGGCAUGCCGCUCCAGGGUCUCACCGGUGACGACGAGCGUCCGCACUGGCCUAUCCCUGAGGAGUUCCGCGAUGGCGCCUGGCACGUGUUUUACCUCGAGGCCUCCUGCAACGGCAUGUUUGGCAACGGUGACGGCGACCAGAUCGCGCCCCCCGAUCCCGGCCGCUGGUUCGAGUUGUCGAACGCCGACCUCGUCGCACCCUUCCACGAGGCCAGAGCUCUCUACCUCGACUUUGGCAUCAUUGCCGACGCUGCUCGCCAGCUCGAUCAAGACUCUUGGGAGAGUUACCUUGCGCUCAAGGUCUGCAACGAUGUCAUGAACGCCUUUGACCCCGAGGAUCCCUCGACUGUCUACAAGUGUCGUGAGAUCACAAAGUCUUACCUUGGUGAAGCAAUUGACUCGACAGAUGUGUACCAGUCUGGCCAGAAGGACUUUGUCUACUGUAUCGGUCACUGCCAUAUCGACACCGCAUGGCUUUGGCCCUACGCCGAGACUCGCCGCAAAACGGCCCGUUCUUGGGCAUCGCAGAUCAGUCUUAUUCGCCGAUACCCCGAGCACCGCUUCGCUUGUUCCCAGGCCCAGCAGUACAAGUGGUUGAAGUCCGAAUACCCGGAUCUCUACGAAGAGAUCAAAAAGGAGGUCAAGAACGGCAAGUUCAACUACAUUGGCGGGUCCUGGGUCGAGAACGAUACCAACAUGCCCUCCGGCGAAGCUCUUGUUCGCCAGAUGCUUCUCGGCCAGCGCUACUUCCAGAGCGAAUUCGGCGAGCGCUCAGUCACAUACUGGCUUCCUGAUACCUUUGGAUAUUCGCCCCAAGUGCCCCAGGUUUGCCGUGGAGCCGGCAUGUCUCGGUUCUUGACUCAAAAGCUGAGUUGGAACAACAUCAACAACUUCCCCAACAGCACUUUCAACUGGGUCGCUCUGGACGGAAGUCAGGUGCUCUGCCACAUGCCCCCUGCAAACACCUAUACCUCGCGCGUCGAGUUCUCCGAGGUCGCUGGCUCGCUCAGAAACCACAAGAACCUUGAACAGGACCAGACCGGACUGCUCGUCUUUGGUAUCGGUGACGGCGGCGGUGGUCCUACUCAGGAGCACUUGGAGAAGCUUCGUCGCUACCGUGGAUUGUCUGACACUGUCGGUCUCCUGCCGCGUGUCAAGAUGGGCCACACUGCCGACGAGUACUUUGACAAGCUUGAGAAGACCUCGAAAGAUGGUAAGGAACUCGUCACCUGGGUCGGCGAGCUUUACUUUGAGCUUCACCGUGGUACUUACACCACCCAGAGUGACGUGAAGAAGGGCAACCGUGAGUCUGAGAUUCUUCUCCAUGAUAUCGAAUACUUUGCCACUCUUGCGACUACCACCAACCCCGACUACAAGUAUCCUACUGAGCGAAUCGAUGACUUGUGGGAGAUUGUGUGUCUCAACCAGUUCCACGACGUCCUUCCUGGAUCUGCUAUCGAGAUGGUGUACGACGACGCAAAGAAGCUCUACGCAGAGGUUGCCGAGAAGGGUAACGUGCUUCUUCAAGAAGCUGCCGAGGCUCUUGGGUUCACCGCCAACCCGACUACUGCUAAUGCCGAGUUUGUGGCGGUCAGCUCGCUUCCUUGGCCGCGCCAGGUUAUCAUGGACGUUCCUAGCACUCUUGCUACUGGCAAGGUGCUUGCUCAGAAGACGGAAAACGAGAAGCAUUACGUCGUCUUGGAGACUGGCGUCAAUAACCUCCUGCGCCCCGUCCAGGGAAUCAAGUCGACCGCGGACAACAGCGUCUCGCUUACCGAGGUUGCUGCUGAUACCAUUGUCCUAGAGAACAAGAAGCUCAAGAUUACCCUCACCUCCGGUGUUAUCACGGGUCUCUACGAUAAGACCGAGGAGCGCGAGGUUCUUUCCGAGGGCGGAAAGGCUAACCACUUUGUUCUCUUUGACGAUAAGCCGCUUUACUUCCAGGCUUGGGAUACUGAGGUAUACUCGCUCGACAAGUUCAAGUAUUUGGAUGAUGCCAAGAUGACUGUGGGCGAGACCGGGCCUCUGCGUGCGUCUGUGGUGGUUGAGAUCAAGAUCUCGGACAAGAGUUGGUUGAAGUCAACGAUCUCUCUCGAUGCAUCGAUUGCUCCUCAGGCUGCGUCUGCCGAUCUCGGGCCGAUCACCGCUCUUUCCUACCUCGACAUCGAGACCGAGGUUGAGUGGCACGAGACGCAUAAGUUUCUCAAGACCGAGUUCAACGUCGACGUCCACUCCGAGCUUGCAAACUACGAGACACAGUUUGGACUGAUCCGGAGACCGACUCACUACAACACGUCUUGGGACGUUGCCAAGUUUGAGGUGUGCUGCCACAAGUGGGCUGACUUAUCCGAGGCUACGUAUGGUGUGACUAUCAUGAACAACUGCAAGUACGGCUUUGCUAUCCAUGGUAACUCCAUGCGCUUGAGUUUGUUGCGUUCGCCCAAGGCUCCUGACGGACAUGCUGAUAUGGGCCACCAUGUGAUGAAGUACGCGAUUCUUCCUCACUCGGGUCCUAUCAACGCUGACGUCGUUCGUGCGUCUUACGACUUCAACUACCCUGUGCGCCCGUACUUCAUUGAGCGCAAGAUCGUGCAGUGCGCCGAAAACCUUUUGGGAUCCAUCACGAUCGAGCAGCCUUCAAACAUCAUCAUCUCAAACAUCAAGCGUGCAGAGGACGACGUCGACGUGAGCCGCGGCCACCUCCCGAUCCGAGAGGGUAAGAACAUCAUCGUGCGUGUGUACGACAGUAUCGGCGGCAAGUCCAAGGGCGUUCUUGCCACGAACUUGCCGAUCAAGAGAGUCUGCUGGGCGAACUUGCUCGAGGACGAGAAGGAGGAGAUCCCGUUCCAGACCAUGAAGGUUAACCGGCGCAGCGUGACGAGAAUCCCGAUCUCGUUGCGUGCGUUCGAGGUCUCGACGCUUAUCUUGGAGCUUCAGUAGAUCUUUUACUAAGUACUCUUGUGUGGAAGGAUGAGUGUUAUGGGUGGAUCUUGUGGUGUGUUUAUUCUGAAGGUCUGGUGAGGUGAUUUUAGUGUGAAAAAUUUGCUGGUUUUAAUGCUGUUGUUGAGAAAAGAAAGAUUAUCGAUCCAAUCGUUUAUUCUGUGAAUCAAUGUGAGGCUAGUUUCCAAUAAUUCUACUUCUUCCAAAAGAUGAGAAAG